AUGACGACGGAAACACAAAACCAUAUAAGAGAAGGCCCUACUGUUAUUGGUGUAGAUGACAGCGCUGCUAGAGAAGCAGCUCAUGUGGAAGAAGUGACUGCUAACACUGCAAAUCGGUUGUCUGAUGGAAUUGUUUGUGGUGCAACUCCUGAUACGCCCAGUAUCCCGUUAGUGUCUGAUAUAGUACCUAAUUACAGAUUGGAUGGUCAUGUCACUAUUGUGACGGGGGGCUCUGGCGGGCUGGCACACACGCUGUGUCAGGCUUUAGUCGCUCAGGGUUCUGAGCUAGCGCUGGUGGAUCUCACAGUGGAUAAACUGUCAAUUGUGGAGGGCGAUUUGAAGGAAUUUAUAAGAGUGAACAAGUUGGCGCCUGUGACAAUAUCGACUUGGGCCUGUGACGUCAGCGAUUCGACGCAGGUGGAAGAACUUGUCAGAGCUAUCCCUCACGAGCAUCAGGGCCUCUUGCCGGACAAACUGGUGCAUACGGCAGGCUACUGCCAGAACAUCCCAGCUGCGGACUAUCCUGCGGCUCGUGCGGAGCAUUUGGUUAAGGUAAAUCUGAUGGGUUCGCUUUAUAUCUGCCAGGCCAUGACUAGGCAACUAUUGGAGAAAACAAAGAGAAGAAAAUCCAUCUCAGCGAUGGCCAACUCUGCUGCCGAGGCUCUGCCCAGAUUUCCCAAUGCGUCGUACGUGUUAAUCGCAUCGAUGUCGGGUAUGAUUGUCAACACACCGCAACCUCAGGUGGCGUACAACAUGUCCAAGGCUGGUGUUCUGCAUCUUGUCAAAUCGCUAGCUUGCGAGUGGGCGCGGUACGGGAUCCGUGUUAAUGCCAUCUCCCCCGGUUACAUCGCUACUCCAUUGACGAAACAAGUCAUUGGAGCAUCACCAGAGGGUGCCGCUCUCCAACACGAAUGGACUUCAAGGGUUCCUAUGGGCAGGAUGGCCGAACCUAAGGAGUUUGUGGGCGCCAUGUUAUAUCUGCUAAGCAGUCAUGCUUCAAGCUAUACCACGGGCGAGAACCUGGUGGUAGACGGUGGCUACACCAACUGGUAA